GAAGAAGAAGAAGAAGAAGGUGAAAAACGAAAGAUUGAGAAUUUGUUUGCUUUGAGCAACCAAACCUCAGGAAAAAAGAGUUAAGGUGGGAGUGUCUGGUUCAACCGGUUUAUAUCCGGUUCAAAUUAAACCUCUUACAGUUAACCGGGUUUUGUGUUUGGUUCGAUUGUUCAUAAAAGAAAGAAGACUCUUGUCGUCGAUUAGUGCCAAAGUUGAAAGUUGAAACCUUUUCUCAGAAUUUUCUGCUCAGUUCUGAGUUUUUUUUUCCCGCCAUGGAAAUCGACUCCGAGAAAAUUCACGAAAGGAAGCAAUCCGAUUACAAUUCGCUGGAUGAGAGAUUCGAGAUACAGAAGGAGAUGUACAGAGGUCAGCAAUACAGUCAGAUUUACUUUGCUCGUCUUCAUCUCAUGAGAACACUUCUCUACUCUCUUGCUCCUACUUGGAAAUCUCAUUUGCCUGUGUGUAAGGUUUUGGGACUUGAAAAAGGAAAAGAAUGCAUAAUUGUGGGAACCUUGUUCAAACACAUGAAGCUUAAACCUUGUGUUCUCGAUGAAUAUUCUAAAGAGAGGUCAGUUACUCCGCUUGUUAAACCACAUAACUUUAUGCAUCCUGAUGAUAAUCUGAUCCUCGAAGACGAGAGUGGGAGAGUUAAGCUUGCUGGUUCCGCACUUUCACCUGCGAUUUAUGUGACAGGUGUUGUUGUUGCACUGCAUGGGAAGGAAACUAAUGCUGGUGAAUUCUUUGUUGAGGAUGUACUAGAAGCUGGUUUACCACCUCAGAUUGAGCGGCCUAUCGAUCUACAGGAAGAUAAAUAUGUCGUGUUAUUGUCGGGCCUUUGUAUUGGAAGCAAAUCGGCUAAUCCCCUGCAGUUUCAGCUUCUUGUUGACCAUAUAACUGGGCAUCUCGGAGAUGAGGAGGAACAAGGCCUUGCAGCACAGAUAGUUCAUGUAGUAAUUGCUGGAAACUCUUUUGAAUUUCCCCGCAAACUCAUUAAUGGCCAGAACUUGGCCUCGAAAGAUCAAUCGACACUGUAUGAGCCCAUCAAAGAGCUUGAUAUCAUGUUAAGCCAGAUAGCUGCAGGAGUUUCAGUAGAUAUCAUGCCAGGCACGAAUGAUCCAGCUAACUUCGCAUUGCCUCAGCAGCCUCUGAAUAGAUGUCUUUUCCCUGGAUCUUCACCUUAUAACACCUUCAGAUCAUGUACAAAUCCUCACUCAUUUGAUGUCGAUAAUAUCAGAUUUCUUGGAACUUCUGGUCAGAACAUCGAUGACCUUGGCAAGUACUCAGAGGCUAAGAGCAAGCUUGAUUUUGUGGAAAGAACGCUGAGGUGGAGACAUCUUGCCCCAACUGCACCUAAUACACUCGGUUGUUAUCCUUUCACCGAUAGAGACCCUUUCUUGAUUGAAACCUGCCCGCAUGUCUACUUCGUCGGGAAUCAAGAUAAAUAUGACAACCGUUUGAUAAAGGGGUCAGAAGGGCAGCUUGUCCGGUUGAUCUGCAUUCCUAAGUUCUGUGAGACCGGUAUUGCUGUUGCGGUGAACCUAAGAAAUCUGGAAUGUCACACUUUAAGCUUUAGCACUCAGAUAAACCAAUCAUAACAUUGAGUUGCUACUUUGGUAGAUUAUUUCCUGUCUUGAAGAUGUAAUGUUGAGCUUUUUCAGUAACACACUCCUAUGUUCUAACCAAAUGUUUGUUAAAAAUCCUUUUUCUUGAGUGGAACUUCCAAAUCUUUGGAUAUAUUGGUAAU